AUGGCGCGUUUUAGGUCGAGAGCCUCUUCAAGGCUCAUGGAACGCUAUGAGAAGUUGGGAAAACUCGGAGAAGGGAGCUAUGGAGUUGUAUUUAAGUGCAGAAAUCGGGAGUCCGGGCAAUUGGUCGCAAUUAAGAAGUUCGUUGAGUCGGAAGACGAUCCGCUUAUCAGGAAGAUAGCACUUCGAGAAAUCAGGCUUCUUAAGAGCCUGAAGCACCCAAACCUCGUCAACUUAGUGGAAGUUUUUCGGCGGAAAAGGAGACUUCACCUUGUCUUCGAGUACUGUGAAAGAACUGUUCUUGGAGAGUUGGAACGACACCCACAAGGAUGCCCUCAGGGUCUGGUCAAGCAGAUGAUAUGGCAGACACUCCACGGCAUACUCUACUGCCAUCAGCACAACUGCAUCCACAGGGACAUCAAACCUGAAAACAUUCUUCUGACUGCCAAUGGUGUUGUCAAGUUGUGCGAUUUUGGCUUCGCCCGGCUUAUGAGUAUGUACAUUCUUUAA